ACGUGUAGCAGUCUACACGCUGAUAGCUGUAAUACAGCUCAACUUUAUCAUUUAUGUAAUACAGCUCAACUUUAUCAUUCAUUUCAGAACACACAGGAGCAGGCGGCUGAAAAGCUCUAUUUUGGGCUAAAAAUGUGUGGAAGAACCGCGUGUACGCUUGCUUCAGACGAGGUGAGCCGAGCCUGCUCCUACAGAAACCGGGGAGGGCAGCGGAGACAGCCCCGCUGGAGGGAUGGAGACGCGGACAAAUACCGACCGUCUUACAACAAGAGCCCCACGUCCAUGAGUCCCGUCCUGCUGUCCCAGAGGCAUUUUGACAAGAAUGCUCCUAUUGAUGAGUGUGUGUUGGCCUCCAUGCGCUGGGGUCUGGUACCAUCCUGGUUCAAGGAGAAUGACCCGAGAAAGAUGCAAUACAGCACCAACAACUGCCGCAGUGAAAAUAUAUUGGAGAAGAAAACUUACAAGGACCCCUUGAUAAAAGGGCAGCGCUGCGUCAUCCUGGCUGAUGGCUUUUAUGAGUGGAAGAGGCAGGCAAAAGACAAGCAGCCUUUCUUCAUAUACUUUCCUCAAACCAAGGGAACCAGUCAGGAGAAAAAGGAGGAUGAGGAUGACCCCAUGACCUCAGCGGGCAAUAAGGACAAUUCAGAGACAGUGUGCCCUACAGAGGAGGCCUCCCUGAGUGUUGAUCAGGGAGGAGAAGCACUAGCUGAGUGGACGGGAUGGAAGCUGCUGACUAUGGCUGGACUGUUUGACUGCUGGACACCUCCAGGUGGCGGAGAACCGCUUUACACAUACAGUGUAAUCACUGCGAACUCUUCCCAAAACCUGGAAAGCAUCCAUGAUAGGAUGCCAGCUGUCCUGGAUGGAGAGGAAGAAGUGAGAAAAUGGCUGGAUUUUGGGGAAGUGAAGUCUCUGGACGCCAUGAAACUGCUCCAGUCUAAAAACACUUUGACGUUUCACCCCGUCUCUUCACUAGUAAACAACUCUCGCAACAACUCUCCAGAGUGCCUUCAGCCAGUGGAUCUUAACAGCAAAAAGGAGCCUAAACCCACAGCAAGCAGUAAGAUGAUGAUGAGCUGGCUGAAGAGCAGUGAACCUUCAAAGAGGAAGGAGCCAACCACAUGUGAGAGUAAAGAAGAGCAAGAAAGCGAGGCAGAGGCUCAGUGCAAGUCUACAGGAGCACUUCAGCAGUGGCUUCAGGGGGCCAAUAAGAAAACAAGAACCAAAUGAAGAUAAGAACUGGGACUGAAAGCUCUGCUGUUAAAAGACCAUUUAGGCAUUAUUUAUUCCACUUAACUAUUUUGACAGCUGUGAGAAAAACAUGCUUUUG